UUUGGAUCUGAUUCCUUUCCAGAAGUUGUCCCCAAACCCUCCAUCUGGGCGGACCCUGGCCCCUUGGUCACCACGGGGAGCCCUGUGACCCUCUGGUGUCAGGCGUCUCUGCAGGCUACUGCCUACGUUCUAUAUAAAGAGAGGGGCUCUAAGCCCUGGGAUACGAAGACCCCACAGAACUUCAGCAACAAGACCGGUUUCCUCAUUGAAUCUGCCCGCUCACAGCAUGCAGGGCUCUACGAGUGUGCGUAUUACACCACUGAGAGCAAACUCUCAGAGCGCAGUGACCCCCUGCUCCUGGUGCUGACAGGAGUGGACAGAGCACCCUCCCUCUCAGCCCAGCCAAGCCCUGUGGUGGCCUCAGGAGGGAGCGUGUCCCUCGUGUGUCGCUCACAGGACACAUGGGGCACUUUCCAUCUGCUGAAGGAGGGAGGAGCUGACCCGCCCCGACACAUGGAACCGCAAUCGAGGUCCAGUGCUUGGAGGACCUAUGCCCAGGCCACCUUCCCUCUGGGCCCCGUGAACUCCUCCCACGGGGGGACAUACAGAUGCUAUGGUUCCCCCAGAUCCUACCCCAAUCAGUGGUCACACCCCAGUGACCCUCUGCGUCUCGAGGUCACAGGUGUGCACAGGGAGCCCUCCCUCUCGGCCCAGCCGGGCUCCCUGGUGCUGCCUGGAGACAGCCUGACCCUGCAGUGUGGCUCGGAGGCUGGCUUUGACAGAUUCGCGCUGACCAAGGACCAGGGGCUCACACCCCAGCGCCUUGUCGGGCAGCACAGCCCCGACUUCCCCCUGGGCCAUGUGAACCACACCCACGGGGGCCGGUACAGAUGCUACAGUGGACACAGCCUCUCUUAUGCGUGGUCAGCCCCCAGCGCCCCCCUGGACAUCCUGGUCACAGGAAUGUACAGGAAACCCUCCCUCUCCAUCCUGCCGGGCCCCUCAGUGCCCUGGGGAGCGAACAUGACCCUGCAGUGUGGAUCUGAGACCUGGUUGGACACCUUCCACCUGCACAGGGAGGGGUCUCUGGAUCCCCCCCUGCACCUUCGUCUGCAGAAGAUGACUGCACCCUCUCAGGCCAACUUCACCUUCAGUCCUGUGACCUCAGCCCACAGGGGCACCUACAGGUGCUAUGGUUCACGCAGUUCCUCCCCCUACCUGCUGUCACACCCCAGUGACCCCCUGGAGCUCCUGGUCUCAGGUCUCCCGCGGUACCUGUACAUCCUGAUCGGGGUCUCGGUGGCCCUCCUCCUCCUGCUCCUUCCCCUCCUCUUCCUCUUCUUCCGACACCAGCGUCAGGGCAAAGGCCGGACAUCAGAUGCUGCCCUGAAGGACCCACAGCCUGGGGAGACGGUGGAGCUGGACUCUCAGAACACGCACUAUGAAGACCCCCAGGAAGUGACGUACGCCCAGGUAGACGACUCAAGAUCAAGACCCAGGCAGGGAAUGGGCACCUCUCCUUCCUCCCAGUCAAAGGAAUUGCUGGACGCAAGGGGCAGACAAGCAGAGAAGGACAGACGGAUUGACAGUCAGGCUGCUGCAUCGGAUGCCCCCCAGGAUGUGACCUAUGCCCAGCUGAACCACUUGGCCCUCAGAUGGGAGAAACCUGCACCCCGCUCCUCCCCACCAGAGGAACCCCCAGAGGAGCCCAGUGUGUAUGCAACUCUGGCCACCCACUAGCCCGGGAAGGUCUCAGACCCCACACUCCAGGAGACGGACCCCACAAAACAUGGGAGCUUCCCACAUGGACACUCAGCUAGUGACCCCGGCCAUUUGGACACCAGAUGUGGACCCCUAGAAGCUCCUGGAACCCUCAGCGAGUCAUCGGAUUCUACGGUCAAACAUAACCAAUAUCUCUACAUUUUGAAAUCAAAGCAACAGACUCUUCAAUAAUCAAUGCAUGAAUUUUGAAGCAAAAUGGGAUUGAGAGAAUGUUUUAAAUGAAUGAUUAUGUAAGUAUUACGCAUCAAACCUAUGAAAUGGAAAAGUAAGAACCAUGAAUGAAUUCAUUAGGAAAGAAAAAGGUGAACACAUAGAAACAAUCUAAGUGUCCAACAGAUGACAAGACAAAUGUUACUCGGCCAUAAAAAAAAAUGAAAUAUUGUCAUUUGCCACAACAUGGAUGGAUCUUGAGAAUAUCAUGCUAAGUCGAAUAAGUCAGUCAGAGAAGGCCAAGAAAUACAUGGUUUCACUCAUAUGUGGGUGAAAUCUGAAACUCUGAACUGUCGUGUAUAUUAAAUAUAUUGAAACUGUGAUUAAAACUUUUCCACCCAGCCAGUGUGGCUCAGUGGUUGAGCGUUGACCCAGGCACCAAGAGGUCA